UUCAGGUGGAUGUCAAUUCAAGAAAACAUGGCAAGGCAGAUGGUUCCAAAGUGGAGUUCCAAACUACCUACUCAUCAAUAGUUCAUACAUUGAAACUAAAGGAGAAUGCUAUGAAGAACAAGGAGACAAGUUUCUGGUUUACGACAAAUCAGAAGAUUGCUACAGAUGUAUGGUACUUCAUCCGAAACACAGCAGCGUUCUCCAGUACAAAGAAACGUACUGCGAAGCAAAAGCGUCUCUUAAUGAAAUAUGUCAGCUCAUCACUGGCGAUGCGCCUCUCUACAGCUUAUUCCGAAAGAACCCUGAGGCAAAACCCAUACCGUGUCCUUUCAAAAGCGCUCCAUUUACGUUUAGCUACAAUAGGAUGACAGGAGAUUGCAGUAACCCACCCAGCAAGGCUGAAAGUUGUACUGACGAUUCCAGGUUGGUACUGAAAUACCAGGCAUGCCCUGACGUACCAUCUACUGAAAGCAAUGUUGAAGAACUGGUAUGUUUAGCAACAUGGAAAGAAGGCUCGACUAGGUAUUUGAUAGGUAAAAUAUCCCAGUUUAACAGAAGAAGUGUAUCAGAUGAGGACCAAUACAGAUGUUUUAUAUACCAAAGAAGCAUGGAAAAUGGAAAAACUAUCUACAACGUUGCUCAGUCUGGUGAUGCCACUUGUACGGGCCUUGAUGCCACUGCUUUUGAAGGAAGUAGAACCAUGAAAUUAACCACAGUGGACGAUCAACAUAAAAGGUGCAAGUUUCCUAUUUGGAUAACCGAUCAUCAUACUUGGCUGAGUUUAGACCACCAUAAAACUUACCGAUUCUCCCAAAGAAAUGCUACUUUAAAAAUAAUGGACGACGAUCCACCGAAACCUAAUAAGGUUCAACCAAAUUUCGCUCAAGCAUUCGCUUUCGAAGAAUUUGGUUUCCAAUCUCAAGAUCAGAAGAGGCAAAAUUCUGAGAUGAGGGUUGUUUGCCAUGGAAUUCUGCAGCAGCAGGAGCAAAAGCAAGUACAGAUUGUGGCUCAUAUCACUGCAGGAUGUGAUAGCGGCUAUGUCUGUAUGGUUUUUUACAAAAGGGAUUCAAACGUUAUCGAAAUUCAACAAACGGAAAAUUAUGUUGAGAAUCCUGACGAAGCGUGUGCGAAUUUUGAUUCAACUUCUGCACCAUUUACUACUCUGAUAACAACAACUCUCCAUCCGAAAAAGUGUCCCCAUCUAGGUCGAUAUACUGUGACAAGUAUUUCACCUCAAGCGGAAAAAAGGAAACGUAGGCAACUACCAGAAGGUAAAAUUACUCCAGCUGAUCCUAAAUCUGACUGUGUGUCUGAUGACUAUGAAACAUUAUCAGUUGGAUGUAGUGGAUCUCAUGAGAUGGAAUUCCGAUCGGGUUGCUCUCAAGAACCUAAUGCAUAUUCAUGUCACGGAAGUUGGGAAGAAAAUGGCAUAUCAUAUGUAAUUACAACCCCUGUGGCAAGGAAGUCGACUGAUGCUCUUCGUUACUGCUUCAUAUAUACUUUGGCCGACCAAGCAAAUUCAGGAAUUAUAGAGGGAAACCUAGGAAAAGGUGUGGGACCCCCCAUUCUGAGGCUCUCGGGCAUAUCUGAGAGCUGUCACAGAUCUAUAAUACCAGGUGUUACUGGCAAUUGGGCCUUCAAUUUCACCAGUAACGGUACAUGUGCUGAAAGUGAUCAAACUAACUCAAGUCAGCUGUUGCUCCCAACCCUUGUAUUGGUCAUUUUGUCCUUGAUUUCUGUGAUCAUUAUGAGAUGAUGAAAGAAGGCUAUUCUGCAUACUCUGUCUGAGUACUAAGUGUUCUCACGGCCAUGUUAAGAACAAUGAUCGACAUUAGUGGAAUUUUAUAAAUCGCCCGGGUUAGAAGGUAUAUUGCAUCUGAAUCAAAAAAUGCAGAAAAGGAAUUAAAAUAAUUAUCAAAACUCAUUCAUAGCAAUGUUGAAGAAUUUAGGUAUUGUUUUAGAUAGGUAUUCAAAAAAGUUAACAAAAAGAUCUUAUGAAAGGUUUUUUAAUUCCGAAGCAAUAUUACCAUAACAGGUAGCAUUUUUAUGUUGAAUUUAAUAUGCUGCAGCUGUGAAUUGGGAAGUGCUGUUUGUGUGAUUCUUGUUAGGCUUUGUGAAAUAUGAAAUUUAUUUAUUUUUACUCAAAUAACGGACAGUUGUGUACAUUGCUGUAAAAAAUAUUAUAGAUGACAUUGUGAAAUGUUCUCAGCCACAAUAUUUUUUGAAAAAUCUGACAUAGAGCUUAUGAUACAACGAAUAUGUUUAUAAACGUUUUUCUUGCCAAUAAUGAGUAUGUGGUUGAAAUCAUUUCAAUAUAUUACUUUUAGGUUACUUACAUUUCAUUUAUUUUCUGGUCAGCACAAAUUGUUUUCUUCCUUUGUAUUUCUUAUUUGGUAUGACGUGACUAUUAACUGUGAUUAUGAUGAGGCAGCAUGUUAAAAAAAGCUAAUUGUAGUUUUUAUUUUGCUUAUUCUCCAUCGAUAAUGUCAGUAUAUCUUCCUGAAAUAAGAACUGUGAAAUGACCACUGUUGAUAUAUUGAAAUAUAUGUAUUUUAUACAUUUGAAACUUAUCACUUUGGUUGUUCAAGAAUGGAUACAAUAUUAUCAAUCUCCAGCAUCCAGAACUAGAAAAUCAAAGUGGUUGUUCAAUUGCUUUAAUUAUUUUUUGUUUUUAAUAUACAUGUAGAUGUUGCCUCCCUUAAACAUAAAUUAUUCUAAAUAUGUCUGAGAAUCAGUUGUCUCUAGUAAAAAUACCAAAUAGUUAGAUAGGCAUUUUAUACUAAAGUCGGAAUUCUCAUUACAAUAGUUUAAAAUUUUUAUAUAUUUGGUACUUGAUAUUGCCAAGAUUCUCGUAUAGAGUGGCCACAGUUUAGUCAAAAUCCAAUUUCCAAUACCCACCUAAGAAUAAAAUUUAGUAAACAACACUUUGGGAAUUGACUAAAUGAGCUGAAAGAUGGAUUUACAGAAAUAAUAGGAAAGAGGUAUAUUUUAACAAAAAUGUAAAGAAUGUACAUAUUUGAUAGUGACAGAUUAGAAAUAUAAAAAUGUUGAAGGAGAGAAGAAUAUUGGAUAUUAUACAGGGUGACUAAAAAUAAUCGAAGUUAGUAUGCAAACACUUCGACAUUUUUGGAUACAUCUUGUGUAUUUUGUUUAAGUGUAUUGCAAAUUUUGUUAUGUAACUGACACAUUUUCUCACACAGCCAAUUUUUGUGUAAUAUAAUGUUUAUAUAAAUCUAUAGCCACAGUUUUGAAUGAAACAUAUUCAUAAAUAAUAUUCACCUCUCAGAAUAAAAUAAAAAUGUUUCACAAGUUGUCGAUAGUAUUGAAAAUUCAAUAAGUAACAUCGCUAUGAGGUGAAAUUCAUACUCUAAAAAUCAAUAUAGGACUUUAUCUCCAUUACUUCUGAGCUUGAAGAAGUAAGCCUCUUCUAUUAUUUGUGGGAAAUAUACUUCAACAUUUGAAAUUUAAAAGAGUUGGUCAAGUUUUCCAUUUGAACAACAUGUAUGAAAUAUCUAAAAUGAAACAUCGUUUAUUAAUUUGAAAAACAUUCUUAAGUCAAUGCCUUCUUUUUAGAGUUCACUGUAUGGAUAACGACGUGAUUGAAUAUCUAACUUUUAUGAAUAUGUGACUGAUUCUUUUUGUAUAUUAUUGUACAUAUGUGUUGAUAAGUGUUUUUAUUUAAUUUUUAUAGUAUAAAAAUGUAAGAAGAAACAGUAUUGAUACUGAUUUUUGAUACAGCAUGAAAUGAUUUCGAAAAUAAUUUUAUUGACGUUUUUCGAAAUUGUUUCUUAUAUAUUGUUCAUCAUAUGUCGCCAUUAUUUUCUGAAGAAUUAUUUUUACACACUGUAUUUUCGAUUUUUGAACUUCUUUGCCAUGAUAUAAUCAGUGUGACUAAGUUUCUGCAAUUUUCAAUAAUAGUGUGUCCAAUGUUUGCUUAUCUAUUAUAAGGGUUAUAAUUACUAUAUUUUGACUAUGAAAAAUAAAAGGAAAUACAUACUCA